AUGGGCGGUGGCAGUGGCGACAACAGCGGCGGCGGCGAGCGCGGCCGCUGUGGGGGGCUGAAAAGGUCUGGGAGCCGCGGCGCUGGGUGCUUCAAACAAGCAGCGGCCGAGGUGGUGGCGGCUGGGCAGCCAGUGGCAGUGGGAGUGAUCGUGGUGUGGGCGGCGGUGCCUUUGGCGGGGGCGGCAGCAGCAGCGGCAGCGGCAGGGUUGGCGGCCGCGGCGGCAGCGGUGGCGGGGGUAGCGGUGGUGUGCGCGGUGGCAGUGGUGGCGGCUGGGCAGCCAGUGGCAGUGGGAGCGAUCGCGGUGUGGGCGGCGGUGCCUUUGGCCGCGAAGCGCGCGGGCGCGCUGCGCGAGGAACGCGCGGCGCUGCUGGGGCGCCUGGGGGAGAUAGAGGGCGAGCUCGCCGCGGAGCUCGCCCUCUAUCGCGCCGAGCGGGCUGGCGCGGGCGCCGCGGGCGCUGAGCCCGCCGACGGGGCCGCGCCCGCGGGCGCCGCCGAGGGCGCCGCCGAGGGCGCCGCCGAGGGCGCCGCCGGGGCCGCCCCCCCUGCGGCCGCCGCCGCUGCGGCCUCCGACGCCGACGGCGCGGCCUCGGCGGAGGCGCUGCUGAAGGCCGCGCGGAGGGCCGCAGCGGCGCGGCUAAGAGCUGCCAAGAGGGCCGGGGGGGCCGAGGCGGCGGUCGCGGCCCUGGAGGCUGCCGCGGCCGCGGCGGAGCAGGCGUGGGCGGCGGCGCGGGCGCCGCGCCGAGGCGAGCUGGCCGUGCGGCGGGCGCGCGAGACGUGCGCCAGCGGCGCCGUCCGCUGCGCGUGCGGCUCGCACUUCUCCGUGAAGUGCGAGGGCUGCGGGGAGCCGCCGCCGCCGCCACAUCGGGGCGCCCGGGGCAGCGCGGAGUACCAGCGGCGCCAGGAGCAUCGGAGGAAGGCCGAGAGGGCCCAGGCGCAGGCCUCGGAGUCGGACGUCCUGGGCAGCGACUCCGCCUCCAUGCUGAUAAGGGGUCAAGGGCUUCAGGGGUGGGGCGUCUGGGGCAUCCGGCAUUCAGAGCGCGGGUGCUUGGGCUUAACCCUUUGCGAGGCAGCUGGCUGCGCGCUGGGCCCUGGAGGGUUCUCCGCGGUCCUGCAGCAGUGCUCGCCCCGCUCUGCUGUCAGCUGCUGCGCCUUGGAGCGGUGCCUGCAGCUGCUGUGCCUGUGCUUGCUGUGGGCCUUGAGACGCCGCUUGGCGCACUUCGAUAUCCUCCACGAGCCCCGCACAUUGGACAGCUUGCUCACGCGAUUCGCCAGCGCCUUUUCGGGCAGCGCUCUGGCGUCGCUGACCGUUGGUUUCCCGCUCAACUUCUCAGCAAAAGUGGUGAGCGCCUUUCCUGAAAGGUCGGGGGCGAAUCGUGGCAGUCGGUGGAUCUCGUUGCACGCCUCUGGAAAGAAGCGGCGGCCCCGCAGCGACGUGUCGGCCGGGGACCUCAUCUGGGGCAGCUGCAGCCCCGAGCAGCAGCGGCCGGACAAGGACCUGGGCCGGUGCAUACGCGAGGGCCGGAGGAACGUCACGGCCGAAGCUCGCGCGUUUGGAAAGCCUUCCGCGGCGCCUCCCGAGCGGCCGCUGGCGUUCCAGCCGCUCCCCCGUGCGCGGCACGCGGCGGCCGAAGCCGGGGGCUCGGCCACGGGUGGUGCGGCGGCGGUCAUCUCGCCGAGCCGCCUCAGCAGCAAGGGUCUCUCGGACGACGAGCUCGGGGCCCCGAGGCCGCGCGCGGAGGUCCGGUCGCUGCUGGGGGCCGUGGGCUACCCGCUCGGGCCAGAGCAGUUCGACGAGCUUUGGGAGGCCGCCGCUGGGCUCCAGGACUCGGCUUCCCUCGACUGUGUGCUGAAAGUGUGCGCGCAGCGUGGGUACGCGCCCGGCGCGGUGGCGAAGGGUGGGGACCCCAGAAUCACAGGCGAGUCCGCCGCCGAGGAUGUGCGAGUGAGCAUGGGCGGUGGGUGACCGCUAGGAAUUCAGAGGGAGGGCAGUGCGUCAUAUUGCCCAGCUCGUGCAGACGCAGCGCUGGACCCGUCAUGCGAUGAAAAGUUUCAAAGUGAAG